AUGGUGAGAUUGAGAGUAACAGAGGUGAUCCUGAGACUCUGUAUCGUCUUUCUUCUUCUCCUCACUUCUUUUUUGGUCGGCUUGGAUUCUCAGACCAAAGAGGUUGCGUAUAUCCAUAAGAAAGUCACUUUCAGAGAUUUGCUUGCUCUUCAGGUUGGGUUGUACAUAGAUGUUGUGGUUGCUGCAUAUAAUAUUGUUCAAUUAGGGUUUGGUUGGUACAGUGUUGAACAAAAGACUUCCAAUUCUAAAUGGCUCUCUUACCUUUUGGAUCAGACUGCCGCGUACGUGGUGUUCGCCGGGACGUCCGCAGCAGCGCAACACUCGCUGCUGGUGGUGACGGGUUCGAGGGAGCUUCAGUGGAUGAAGUGGUGCCACAAGUUCACAAGGUUUUGCUUUCAGAUCGGAAGUGCCAUCACCUUAAACUACAUCGCGGCGGCUCUCUUGCUCAUCCUCUCCUCCCUCUCCUCCUUCAACCUCUUCCGCCUCUACUCCCCGAAACGUUAUUUUCACUUUAAGUCCUCCUCGCCCUCCUAA